AACCGUGCAGUUAACAGUUUAACGCAGUCAAGUUUCUCAUCUCACUUAACAGCCUUAUCGUAUUUCCGCUUACAGCUUUAGCGGUUUGACACAUAAGCCUCCAGACUAAAGACUAAACGCUGACCUGCUGUUUGCCAUUAAGUGAACAUUUUUUAGUCGGGGUCACAGAAUACAAUAAGUCAUCCACACUAAAGGGAACAGCUCCUUCGUUUCGAUCUGCUGGGUGAGCAGAUCGAUGGAUGUGUAUAGCGGGCCACGUUAUCAUUAACGUCGCAAACCGGACAGAAUGGAUGAGAAAGAUAAGAGUGAUCAUACCGUGGAACCAGAAGCGGCGUCCUACCAGAAAACCAUGUGGAAGAGUUUCCAAGAGAAAACAAAACCGUUUCUAAGCCCCAAACAUGGGUCUGAUUGCCGCAGUGCAGACGGAAAGAAGGAAACUGUCAUGCGGAUGUUCAGAAGAAAGAAGAAAAAGGCUUUGGACCGUGAGUUUUCAUCCUCGCAGCCGAACCUUUGCUGCUCCGCUUCGGUGCCCCUCGACUGCGAGAGAUCGUUUUAUGAUGAUCCGGAUCCGAUCAGCAACAAAGCGCGAGCGGUUCAGAAGCGGCGCACCAUAGAUGCGGAGUCGGGACGGGAGUGUGUGCCUGCGGGACGGGAAAGCCCGAUGCUCAGCGCCUGUCAUAUGGUGCCGUCCCACCAGAAGAGCUCGUCUUUAGGCUCGGCUUGCUUUGACUCACUGAUGGUGGAUCCCGCCCAGGAUGGUGUAGGGGAGCAAUUACAAAAAACCGACACAAAUUGUGGUAUCACUAUUGUGGAGCCAAGGGAUGCAGAUCCACCACCUUCUAAGCCAGGAAUGUAUCAGCUGGAUGUUCUACUAAAGAUGGGGCAUAACCUCGCCAUUAGGGACAGAGGAGGAACAAGCGAUCCAUAUGUGAAGUUCAAAAUCGCAGGUAAGGAGGUUUUUCGCAGCAAGACCAUCCACAAGAACCUGAACCCCGUAUGGGAUGAGAAGGUCAGCCUCCUGGUGGACAGCUUAAGCGAACCGCUUUAUUUCAAGGUCUUUGACUAUGACUUUGGUCUUCAAGAUGACUUCAUGGGCUCAGCGUACCUGUAUCUUGAAUCUCUGGAAAUUAACAGGUCCCAUGAUGUUAUAUUGGAACUGAAGGAUGCCCACUGUCCUGAUGAAAACCUGGGCUCUUUAGAGCUGGCUGUCACCUUGACACCAAAGGAGAUGGAUACCAAAGACUCAAAGAUGCUAUUGAGAAGGAGCUGGAAAAGAACCAGUAAGCUGCAGUAUCACAGCCUGAGGCUCUCAGACCUACACCGGAAGUCCCAACUAUGGAGGGGCAUUGUUAGUAUCGCUCUUAUUGAAGGCAGCAACUUGAAGCCCAUGGACUCCAAUGGCCUGAGUGAUCCCUAUGUCAAGUUCCGGCUUGGUCACCAGAAGUAUAAGAGCAAGACGAUGUCCAAAACCCUGAACCCCCAGUGGAGAGAGCAGUUUGACUUCCACAUAUACGAAGAACACGGUGGGAUCAUCGAUAUCACUGUUUGGGAUAAAGAUGCUGCGAAAAAGGACGAUUUCAUGGGCAGGUGUCAGGUGGACCUCUCCAGUCUGAGCAAGGAGCACACACACAAGCUAGAGGUUCCUCUGGAGGAGGGCCAAGGCAUACUGAUGAUGCUGGUCACUCUCACCGCCUCUGCGGCUGUGUCCAUCUCUGACCUGCCCAUCAACAUGCUGGACGACCCCUAUGAGCGGAAGCAGAUCCUCAGCAGAUACAGCCUGCUGAGGUCGUUCCACAACAUUAAAGAUGUGGGGGUCGUGCAGGUGAAGGUGAUCCGUGCCGAGGGGCUGAUGGUGGCUGAUGUCACAGGCAAAAGUGACCCCUUCUGUGUGGUGGAGCUGAACAACGACCGACUGCAGACACACACAGUGUACAAGAACCUUAACCCAGAGUGGAACAAGGUCUUCACCUUCAACGUGAAAGAUAUCCAUUCGGUGCUGGAGGUCACCGUCUAUGAUGAGGACCGGGACCGGACCGCCGACUUCCUCGGCAAAGUAGCGAUCCCCUUGUUACAUAUUCAAAAUGGUGAACGCAAAGCUUACGUCUUGAAAAGCAAGGAGCUGACAGGGCCAACAAAGGGGGUCAUCUUUCUCGAAAUAGACGUGAUUUAUAAUGCUAUUAAAGGUGGUCUUAGAACUUUGGUACCAAUGGAGCAGAAGUAUAUCGAGGAAGAGCCCAGAGUCUCUAAACAGCUGCUGCUACGAAACUUCAACCGACUAAAGCGCUGCGUGAUAUUCCUCAUCAACAUUGGCUGCUUUGUCAACAGCUGCUUUGAGUGGGAAUCUCCGCAGAGGAGCAUCUGUGCCUUCGUGCUCUUUGUUGUACUGGUGUGGAACUUUGAGCUUUACAUGGUCCCACUGAUGCUGCUGAUGGUUCUGGCCUGGAACUACAUUUCCUUUGCCGCGGGGAAGGACACCAGGCAGCGUGAUGUGCAGGCCCUGGAGGACAUGCUGAGGGGCGAAGACGAGGACUGUGUCAGGGACGACAAGGUCCCAGGUUCUGUCCCUUCAGACGAUGCACAGCAGCCUGGCAGCCAAAUCCUUGAGAGUUUCUUGGCUUCCUGGCACUUUGCGUGGAUAGACGUGAUGGUGGACUCGGAUAAGAAGGGCUUUAUGGACAAGCUGUACGCCAUCCAGGAUGUAUGCAGCAGCGUGCAGGCGGCACUGGAUGCAGGGGCCUCCUUCGGAGAGAGGAUUAAAAACACUUUCAACUGGACGGUGCCUUUCCUGAGCUUCCUCGCCAUCGUGGUCCUCUGUGCUGCUACAGUGGCUGUCUAUUUCAUCCCUUUCAGAUAUAUUAUGCUAGCUUGGGGUGUGAAUAAAUUCACCAAGAAGCUCCGUGACCCAUACAUGAUCGAUCACAACGAGCUGCUGGACUUCCUCUCCCGGGUGCCGUCUGACAUACAAGUGGUGCAGCAUCAACAGCUGAAACUAGAUCCCAGUCACAGCCCCAGCAAAAGAAAGAAACACAUCCCUAGCUAGUCCAGUCCUGCGUAGCAGUCAGAAGGCAGAGAUCUGACUCCUUCCUUUUUCACUUUCCAUAACCUCUUGUUUUUUUGUAAAGUAUGUACAGAUUAAAAAAAAAGUGUAAUUAUCUCUGUAAAAAAGAGUUUUAAGUAUUAUUUUUAGCCAUUGUUUACCUGUGUUGAGUGGGAGAAUGGCAUCGGUACUCGACCCCUUUCAGUGGCAGACGAACAAUUGCAAUUUCUCGCAUAAUCAGUUUGACAGCUUUAAAAGCACAAUGCCCUCUCGAAUGGUUAUACUGAGGGUGACGGAUUUGCACACCUCGCUAACAGAUUAACAUGCGAGUGAUUGCCCAUACAAAUGUAUUGUCAUCCUCUAGAAUGCGCACAGAAAUAUCAGGGAUAUCUAUCAAAAAGCGUUUCCUUUCAUCCUUGCGAUAUGGUGUGAAUCAUGUGAAUCACCAUAGGUGCUUUUUCAAAGCUUAAGGAAGACUUCCUCCGCAUUUCUGCACAUGCAACUUUAAGGAUGUAAGAACACUGCACAGAUGACAUGAUAAGCUUAUUAAAAGGUUGUAGCUUUCAGUGUGUUAAUUGGCUUGUACAGAACACACAAGGGAAGUUAUUUACUUGGAAAAGCAAUAUGGAAUUACCCAUCAAAUUCUGCCUGUGGCUCUAUGUGUGUUCUGUUUUGCACGGAUUUCCUUCGGGUACUCCCCUUUCCACCCGCAGUGUGUGUGUGUGUGUGUCCUACAAUGAACUGGCAUCCUGUCCAGUGAUAUUCUCCCUUCUUGUGGAUAAAAUCUAGGCUCCAGGCUGUCCGUGACCCUGCACUGGAUAAGCAGUGGGAAUAUAGAUGGAUGGAUGCAUUAUUAAUAUAUAAUUUUUUAUAAAGUAAAUUAAUUUUAAAGAAUGUGAAUAUGUAUUGUAAGAAAUUUAAGACAAUGAAAAUGUAAAUGGGAGAUGAAUACUUUAACAUUCUUGGGUCAAUUUAUCCUUCUUUUAUAGAAUUUUUAUAUACUUCUAUUUCCUGCAUGGUUAUCCCUGUAAGUUUGACUGUCAUACUCUGCCUUCCAAGUUCAACUUUGACAAAACAGGUGGAGUGUGAUGCUAAUUGUGAUGCUGGUACUUCUCCUUCCACUGACUCACUGAGGAACUUGUUCACCCAAGUUUAGAUUAUUAUUUUUUUUGCAUGUUUCUUUUAUAUACACCCUUCUGGGGUUUUAUUGUCAGAUGAACAUUCUUUUUAAAGUGAAAAUUCCUGUCGUUUUCCAUUUCCUGACUUAAGAACACAUGAUGUCGUUUAAAAGUAUCUCUUUGAAAUGAACAUUUAUCCCAGCAUGAUAAAAAAAAAAAUCGCUCUGAAUGGCCUAUAAAUUGUGUAUUUAAAUGUCUUGUUUCCAAUCCUAAACAUGAAUGCAUGCUUUGACAGGUAAAUGCAUCGUGAUAUUAUGGGUUGAUAAGGACACCAUAUGGUAGGCAGGCUGCACCAUUCCUUAUGAAGGCUGCGAUGGUAUGGAAAGUGGGUCUUUGUUAGAUAUAUAAUAGCUUAUAAUUGUGUGAGGACCUGGCUAGCACACUUUAACCAGACAUGUAGGGUGAUGUAGUUACAGAUGGAACAAGGGCUUUUUUCCACUGUAUGUAUGUCCAAGUGUUCAGCCAUGCUGCUGUUUACGAGACCACAUAGACAUGGUCUUCUUAAAUUCCACUGCAGACAUUACAGCUUCCAUUGUGGAAAUUUUAGGAAGAGCUUCCAAAUAGAUUUUAACGAAUUUCUGAAAAUGAAAAAGAAAAAAAAAAACGUUGCAAAUAUAAAUAUUUGAAACCAACUGGAAAGUUUGAAUUUUACACUUUUCAAAAAGAUUUGAUCCUGUUUAUCAAAUUUGUUUUAACAAAUCGCAGAGCACUUGUUUUUUUUUUUUUGAUGCAAUUUGCAAGAAAACCAAAGUAUUUUGAUAAAAGGAAAAAAAUGUGUCAUGGCAAUGUCAAAAUCAGUAACCUUAUAAGGCUUUUUCAUUUUUACAUUUUAAACCAUGUAAAUAUUUUAUCAGACUGUUUUGUAUGAUUGUGACCAUGUGCUACGAUUACAUAGAAAUGUAUGCAUUCCUACCUGCUGCCUGUAAUUUGAAAUCAUUAUUAUAUUUCUAGCAGGUAAACCUGUAUUGUGAGGCGAUUUUAUCGCAAGAACAGCUAAUAGCAAUGAGAGGUACAUACAAAUGAAUGCACUUGGAUGUCAGUUGCUUUUCCUGAAAAUAAAUUAUAAAAUAUUAAAUUAAUAAAACUGAUUUUUAAUGCAAAAAUA